AUGAUUUAAUUAAAUUCCACAUAAAUGAGAGUAAGAGAUAACCUUAACCUUAGAAGAAGAAAAAUAAGACCUAUAAUAAGAGUUUAUAUAAAUACCAUAAUCCUUCUUUUUCUAUUCUUCUUUCAUUUUCCACAUCACAAACCUUUCAUUCUCUCUUUUGCUAUCCAAUCUUCCCUCCAAUGGCCGAUCAGCUCACCGAUGAACAGAUCUCAGAGUUCAAGGAGGCUUUCAGUCUCUUCGAUAAGGAUGGCGAUGGUUGUAUUACUACCAAGGAACUUGGGACUGUGAUGCGGUCGCUUGGACAGAACCCAACUGAGGCCGAGUUGCAGGACAUGAUAAACGAGGUUGAUGCUGACGGGAAUGGUACCAUUGAUUUCCCUGAAUUCCUCAACCUGAUGGCCCGUAAGAUGAAGGAUACUGAUUCGGAGGAGGAGCUUAAGGAAGCUUUCCGUGUGUUUGACAAGGAUCAGAACGGUUUCAUCUCAGCAGCUGAGCUUCGUCAUGUUAUGACAAACCUAGGCGAGAAGCUGACCGACGAAGAAGUGGAUGAGAUGAUUCGUGAGGCUGAUGUUGAUGGUGAUGGUCAGAUCAACUAUGAGGAGUUUGUCAAAGUCAUGAUGGCUAAGUAAGGGACCAAUCAAACAAUAACCUAUAUUUGAAAAUCACAUGAACAGAAAAAGGGACAUAGCAGAUGAAAAUUUAUGAGAAAUAUUAUUAUUCUAUUUUCAAUAUUAGGACAUGUUUUAUUUGGGGUUAUUAGUUUUUUGUUUGUUGGUUUGUUUGCUUUAUUGCUACUACUCAUUAGUAUUCUACUUGUUUGCUUUGUCCCUUUGUUUAAGUAGUUUGAUUUAGCUUUGGCUCAACAUGCAUUUGUAACUUCACUCUUCAUCUUUUUUUGGGUUACUAUUUAUGAACUUGGAACAAUUGGUUGCAAAUUUGUGCUUUUACAUGUGAAUGACUAGUACAGUUAAUACCA